AUGUCAGCGCCCGCCAAGCACCCCCCAGUGGUGUGGCACCGCUCAACGCCCUUCGCGGCGCUCAUGGUCGCCGCGACGGCCUUCACCUGCCCCGGCAUCUUUGGCGCCCUGAACGGCAUGGGCGCCGGCGGCGGCGCGAGUCCGGGGGUGAGCAACGCGGCCAACGCGAUCGUGUUUGGCGUCAUUGCCGUCGGGAGCCUCGUCGUCGGGGUCGUGUGUAACAAGCUCACGCCGAAGUGGACUCUUGUGAUCGGCACACUCGGGUACGCACCCUACGCGGCCGGCUUCUACGUCGUCGACCGCUUCCACGCCGACUGGCUCCUCCUCUUCGGCGCAGUGACGUGCGGCCUGUCCGCGUGCUUCCUGUGGGUCGCCAGCGGGGCGAUUUUUAUCGGGUACAACGAGGAGCACCGCAAGGGGUUUGCGACAUCCCUCAAGUUUAUGCUCCAGAACCUCGGCGCGUCGAUCGGCGGCAUCAUAUCCCUCGCGCUCAACGUCCACCGCGACUACCGCGGCUCGGUCAGCCGCACGACGUACAUUGUGCUGAUCACGAUCAUGUGCAUCGGGCUGCCGUUCGCGUUGGCCCUGCCCUCCGCGAAGCGGGUCCAGCGGACUGACGGCCGGCGCGUGCAGUUCAAAGACUACAAGCUCGCGACGCUGCUCCGCGCGUUCUGGGCCAUCGUCCGCAGCCCGACCAUCCUCGCGCUCGUCCCCCUGCUGCUCUACUACCAGUGGUUCCUGUCCUACCAGUGGCAGUUCAACUUUGCGUACUUUACCGUGCGGGCGCGCGCGCUCAACUCGGCGCUGUUUUACCUCACUGGGUUCGUCGCCGCGUUCUUGUUUGGCCAGUUCCUCGACUACCGCGGGCUGCGGCGGCCGACGCGCGCAAAAGUGGGCUUCGGCGUCAUCCUCGUACUGGUCGGCACGUCGUGGAUCCUCGGACAGGCAGUGCAGGUGCACUACGACCGCAAGCGGCCCACGCUCGACUGGGCGCAGCACGACUUUGGCCUCGGGUGUUUUGUGUUUGUGCUCUGGGGCAUAUCCGACCCGCUCGUCACCAUCUUCGUGUACUGGCUCGCGGGCAGCCUGACCAACAACGCGAACGAGGGCGCGUUCCUCGCUGCCUUCCUCAACUCUAUCGGCUCGGUCGGCGCCACGUUUGGGUUCGUCGUCUCGGCCAAGAACUUUUCGCUCGUUGGCGCGUGCGCCAUCAACCUCGCGCUGUUUGUCCUCGCCGUGCCGGGGUUGGCGUGGGUGAGCUUCACGCGGGUGACGGAGACGUCGCAUGGCACGAGCCUUACAGCGCUGGGGGGUGACGAUGACGAGGACAAGGCUAGUGACACUGUCGCAAGGUCCGAGAGUGACGAGAAGGUUGCGGAGUGA